GAAUAAAAAAUCAACCAUGGCCAGAAAAUCCAAAGGAAGCCGCUCAUCCACUCGAGCUGUAAAGCAAACCGAUCAUUUCCAAGUUGAUGUGAAACUCCAAAGUCGUCCCGAUCAUGUCAGAGCUCCAAGGGCGAACAAUGAGAAUGUCAACUAUACCCCAGUGAAAGAGGCAAAGAUUCAGAAGAUUUUGGACCAUCAGCUGUAUAAUACUCACUAUGUCGAGUAUCAGGUGGAAAUGAGCGAUGGAACGGAAGAAAUGUUGACUGAAUUUGAUUUUGAUAACAAAAAGACUCAAAAGAUGCUCGCAGAGUACAAGUUCAAGGUUACAGAGCUGGAGGAUGAUGGAAGUAAAGAAUACGUUGUGGAGAAGAUCGUCGCCCAUCGUUACCCAAACGAUAGGCUGAAUCAGCCUUUGUACCUCGUCAUGUGGCGCGGGUUCCCCGAUCCGGUAUCUAACACGGAAAUGUGGGGAGAAGAGCUUGAGAACUGUCAAGAGCUUCUCGAUGCCUAUAAUGAAGAGCAUGAUAUUGAUCUUUCAAAGACAGUAAUGAACAAGCCUCCGAAGAAAUCAAAGCACCAAGAUACUUCUGACGAUUCUGAGGAGUCUGAAGAUGAGGAAGAAAAGUCACCCAGGAAAAGAUCCUCCAAGAAACGUCGAGCUGCUUCUGUUUCUGAUUCCGAUUCUGACUCCGACUCCGAUUUUGACAAGAAGAAGUGGAAAAAAAAUAAGGCCAAGCGAUCCAAGCGUGAUGACUCUUCUGAUGAUGACUCCGAAAUGGAGAGACGCAGAAAGAAGUCGAAGAAGUCGAAGAAAUCUAAGAAGUUCAAGAAAUCUGAGAAGAGAAAGCGUGCAGUGAACGAUUCUUCAUCUGAUGAUGAAGAUGAGGAGGAGAAGCCUGAGAAACGCUCCAAAAAGAGCAAGAAAGCUGUCAUAGAUUCAUCUUCGGAGGAUGAAGAAGAGGAAAAGUCCUCCAAAAAGCGUUCCAAAAAGAGCAAGAAAGAGUCCGAUGAAGAACAACAAGCUUCUGACAGUGAGGAGGAAGUAGUCGAGGUGAAGAAAAAUAGCAAGUCGCCAAAGAAGACUCCUAAGAAGACCGCUGUCAAGGAGGAAUCCGAAGAAUCUUCUGGCGACGAGGAAGAGGAGGUUGUGAAGAAGAAGAAGUCCUCCAAGAUAAACAAGCGAAAAGCAAAGGAGUCCUCGUCUGACGAGGAGGAAGAGGUUGAAGAAUCGCCGAAAAAGAAAACAAAGUCCCCAAGGAAGUCUUCCAAAAAAUCGGCUGCUAAGGAAGAAUCGGAAGAAGAGUCCUCUGACAAUGAAGAGGAGGAGGAGGUUGAUUAUUCCCCGAAAAAGAAGGUCAAGUCUCCAAAAAAGUCCUCCAAGAAGCCAGCCGCGAAGGUGGAAUCGGAAGAACCUUCUGACAAUGAGGAGGAGGAGGAGGAGGUUGAAGAAUCUCCCAUAAAGAAGGACAAGACUCCGAGGAAGUAUUCCAGGAAAUCAGCCGCGAAGGUGGAAUCGACAGAGUCCUCUGGCAAUGAAGAGGAGGAGGAGGUUGAGGAAUCCCCGAAGAAGAAGGGUAAGACUCCGAGAAAGUCUUCCAAGAAAUCAGCCGCCGUGGAGGAAUCGGAUAAUGAGGAAGAAGACGUUGAGGAAUCUCCGAAGAAGAGAACGUCUCCAAGAAAGUCUUCCAAGAAGCGGGCCGCCAAGGAAGAAUCAGAAGAAUCUUCGGAUAAUGAAGUAGAGGAGGUUGAGGACUCCCCAAAAAAGAACGACAAGACUCUGAGAAAGUCUCCCAGAAAGCCAGCCGCGAAGGUGGAAUCGGAAGAGUCCUUUGGCAAUGAAGAGGAGGAAGAGGUUGAGGAAUCCCCGAAGAAGAAGGGUAAGACUCCGAGAAAGUCUUCCAAGAAAUCAGCUGCUAAGGAAGAAUCGGAAGAGUCCUCUGACGAUGAAGAAGAGGAGCAAGCCGAGGAGACCAACGGAUCCCACACCGAGAGUCCAACAAAGAGCAAGACCGAUGAGUCCGAUAACUCUACGUCCUCCGAUGAAGACGACGAAUAGAGUGGCACACUGACAUGAUCUUCAAUUUGUUCUUUCGCAUCUCAAUUUUUUCCAUACCUGUCCUGUUUCUCUUAUUCCAUUUGAACUUUAAACUAUCGAUAAUUCUCCAUAAACUGAAUUUUUUUGUUUACACCGAAUAAAAAUUUUUACUC